AUGCAAUUUGAGCUGAAAUUAUGGUAUGUUUUGUAGGUUUUAAUUAGUAUCAUCCCCGUCCUUACCGCCGUCGAUCGCCAGCGUCGUCCCCUAGCCGGCACGGUACCACCUCGAUGAGUCGACAAUGGAUGUACGGUGACCGGUGCCAUCCCGAGUUCAUUAAUGGCAUGCAUUAUUUUCUCAACGUGGCUGAGGCAAACAGGCGGUCGAAUGGUUUCAUGUAUUGUCCAUGUAGUUCCUGUAAGAAUAUGAAGGAUUACUCUACCUCGAAGACCCUUCACGUCCACCUGCUGGAGAAUGGUUUCAUGCCCAGCUAUAAUUGUUGGACCAAGCACGGAGAAAGAGGGGUUAUAUUGGAAGACAAUGAAGAAGAAGAGGAUAGUGACAACUAUCCCUUAUUCACUGAAGACGGUGAUAGUAGAAUGGGGGAAGACGAAGCUGAAGAAGAGCCCAUUUUCGAUGAGCCGAUUUUUGAUGACCCGGAUGACGAUUUGGGUCGGGCCAUUCUUGAUGCGAAGAUGAACUGCGGAAAUGAAAAGGAGAGGUUGAAGUUGGAGAAAAUGUUAGAGGAUCACAACAAACUGUUGUACCCAAAUUGCGAAAAUGGUCAGAAAAAGUUGGGUACCACGCUGGAAUUGCUGCAGUGGAAGGCAGAGAAUGGUACUUCUGACAAGGGAUUUGAAAAGUUGCUAAAAAUAAUAAAUAAGAUGCUUCCAGGGGAGAACGUGUUGCCCUCUAGCACGUACGAAGCAAAGAAGGUUGUCUGCCCUCUAGGAUUAGAGGUGCAGAAGAUACAUGCAUGCAUCAAUGACUGCAUCCUCUACCGCGGGGAGUACGAGAAUUUGAAUGCAUGCCCGGUAUGUAGUGCAUUGAGGUAUAAGAUCAGGCGAGAUGACCCUGGCGAUGUUGAGGGUGAGUCCACCCCCAGGAAGAGGGUUCCUGCGAAGGUGAUGUGGUAUGCUCCUAUAAUACCACAGUUGAAAUGUUUGUUCCAGAACAAAGAGCAUGCCAAGUUGUUGCGAUGGCACAAAGAGGACCGUAAGAAAGAUGUGAUGCUGAGACACCCCGCUGACGGGUCGCAGUGGAGAAAAAUCGACAGAGAGUUCAAGUCAUUUUCAGAUGACGCAAGGAACUUAAGAUUUGGUCUAAGUACAGAUGGCUUUAAUCCUUUCGGGGAGCAGAAGACCAUGCCGUCGCCGUCGCCGAGUUCCGCGCGCUCGUCGUCGUCGUCGUCCAGGCCGUCGCCGCCGUCCCUCGUCAGCGCCACGCCGCACCACGCCGUCGCCGCCAUCCCUCGUCAGCGCCAGCGGCAUCUCCUCUCUCCGCGCGCCGCCGCAGGUACGUCCUCCACCACGGCACCUCGUCGUCGUCGUCUUUCCCUUGUCGUCAACGUCUUUCCCUGCGCGCGCUCCACUGCUGCUGCAAAGCUUGCCGUCGCCGUGAAGGUAGCCGUCGCCGUGAAGCUGCUGCGCUCCUCCGCCUCGGCGCCGGCCAUCGAACACCCGCAAGGUGUUCGACGUUAUGCCGAGGGACGCCGAGCCGCCGCGCACGCCAUGCUUCGCCAGUAG